GCCAAUUGGCUCGUGUCAUUUCGCGCGGCCAUAUUUUGCCAGUAUGUGCGAAAUAUUUUGUGACUGCUGAACAAAGCAAGUCGUAGUUCACGAAAUAGUUUGUGUAUAGAAAUACAAGAUAAUCGUUAUGCGCGGAAUAAUCCGCUUAGGGAUGCAUGCAAAUGCGUUAAUGAAUAUGUGAAGUCUAAGUCUAACAUAAAGUAACCUAAAAUAGGUUAUAUUACGAUUUGUUACUGUCGAUUAAUAAAUAAAAUAUUCUUAUUAAAUAAAGAAAAAUGGCUGGACAACAGCAUCCCUUCCCAUCUGGGUUUCCAAACGUACAACAAUCUGCAAUGAGAACACAAUUUGGAGGAGGACAAAUGGUUUCCGGUUUAAUGGGACCCCAACAAGGCGGUAUAGUAAGUCCGCAGCAAUUUGGAGUCGGAGUAGGUGUUGGCGUUGGAGUUGGAGGAGUAGGUUCUAACGCUAUGGGAAUGCCAAAUGCUCAACAAGUCUUAGCCCAACAACAACAGCAACAACAAUCAGUUACCAUGCAACAACAAAUGCAACAGAUGCAACAACAACAAUUGCAAUUGCAGCAACAGCAACAAGCCGCUCUCGUACAACAAACUAAUCAGACUAGUAAUCAGGCUACUACACCGCAAACACCUGUUGCACCAACACAACCUCCUCCUCAACAGCAACAAAAUAAAGAUUUUAACACUGCUAGCUUAUGUAGAUUUGGACAAGAGACUGUGCAAGAUAUUGUAAGUCGUACUUUAGAUGUCUUCCAAACGCUUAAAGUACUUCAACCACCAAAUGGCACGCCACAAGGAGCUAGCGUUGCUAACGAUAAGAAAACUAAAGUACAAGAACAAUUAAGAAUGUUAAAAUUGUUAUUUAAACGUUUGAGGCUCAUUUAUGAAAAAUGCAAUGAAAAUUGCCAACUUCAAGGUAUGGAAUAUACACACAUUGAAAGUUUAAUACCAUUAAAAGAAGAAUGGGAUAUGAAAUCAGAGGAGAAAAAGACAUCAGAAGCUUAUAGACUAGCAUACGAAGAAAGUAAAGAAAUAACAGAGCAAGUCAUAUUAAAGAAUAGGCAUCUUAAAGAAAUAAUUGAUCAUUUAAGACGUAUCAUUUCAGAAAUAAAUACUAUGUUAAAUAUGCGCCGAUCUUAGAUUAUGAGAUGUAUGUAUACUUGUUUAAUUUGCUAUAGAUUUAUACUAUAUGAUAAAGUUAUAUCUUAAUUUAUAUAAGAAUUUAAAGAGAAAUGUGUGAUUUACCUACCUCUAGAAUAAUCUUAGUAUUAAUUAUUAAUAAUAUUCUCAACUUCCAUGGAGAUAAUAUCGUUUGUUCUGAGAAUAGCUUCUGGAAUUAUUCCAAGCGGGGUCUCCAAGUUUCGCACAAAUAAUUCCAGGCAGUCUACGUCAGAGCCACGAAAUUCACCAGUUACGUGUGAAUUUUCAUACAAAUUAAAUUUGGCUUUUUUUCCUGCAAAAUAAAGUAAAUAAAACAGAAUAAUUUACUAAAAUAACUUUUAGAACAACGUAUUAAAACAAAUCACGUUGGUAGUACUUUAUAUGUAAAAUAUCGGAUAUUAUAUUCCAAUUGUAAAUACAUAAAAUCAUUGAAA